AUGGAAUCUUCACCUUUUGUUUCAGAUUAUAUGGACUCACUAUGCAAGGACCACUUCCUCCAGCGGCAGUACCGCAAGUUGGACGGCGGCGUGCUCUGGUCCCGCAACGAGAGGAACCUCGACUGCACGGUGACCUUCCAGACGCACAGCAUCCUGCAGCGGUUCAUGCUGCACUUCGACCUGCUGCAGCUCGACUGCAACGACCACCUGUACGUGUACGAUGGCGCCCAUGCCACCACGCCACCUAAGACAAUACGAUCCACGGACAAAGCGCCAAGUUCCAAGUCGCAUUGUGGACCCUCCAGUUGUGGACUUUCGUUUUAUUUCUGUAACGCCUCCUUUGUUCGUUGUUGUGAGGACGUAAUAAAAGGUACAUUCGCUAAUUAUUUCCCGGCUGUGUUUAUUGAUGGUGAUGUAAAAAUAACGGAGGCUCUCAAGAAGUUUCAAAGAGACAAGGCAGACCUGUCGUGCCGCAACACCAAGCAGCAGGUGGGCGCGCUGUUCACGCGCAGCAACUUCGUGACGCUGAAGUACGUCACUGACAACUGGGGCACCGACGCCAACGGGUUCAAGCUCGUCAUCACCGCCGUCAAGGACCCCACCUUCAUCAGCAAUAGGAAUUUUCGUGUCGGCUUUCUUUGA